AAUGGUAAGAGAAAUCCUUCUAAAAUAUGGAACCUUCGCUUUCUGCUGGGUGGCUUGUUGCUUAUUCAAACCAGCCAUGAACUCCCCGGCAAAAAGCUUUACUUUUUCUUCUCUAUUAUUAAUUUUAUCAUCACCACUUUCAUCAUCAUUAUUAGUAUUAUUAUUUUUAGCAUCUCAGCUUUUGCAUUCUUCUACUGCUACAAUUCUUCUGCUUUUUCAAGUUUCCAGUGUUGUUGUUCUUCUUCGUCCAAGAUCCUCUGUUUGAUCAUCUACUUCACUUCUCACCCUUCAUGUUUCUUCUUGAUUUGAAACGGAUGUAAAAUCUGUGACCACAUUUGGUGAAAGAAAGAAGGAAGUUGAUGGGGUAGAGUCAAAUGAUGCAGCAAUAACAAGGAAUGAAAGUAAUUUGGUAGAAUUGCUGGCUGCAUGGGAGGCUUGUUGCACUUUUUUAAUUUUAAUCAGAGCGGUAUGGCUAGGAAAAUUCUUGCCCAUAAGAAACAUGCUGAUGAAGUAGUUUCAAAGUCAAGGAUUUUGCUAUAUCAAGACAUAUCCAGGCCCUUUAGACAGUGGGGAUGCUCCAGCUUCCUUGCAUCUUUGAAAUGGUUAACAUUUCUUCACAGGCUUGGAGGCUCCUCGAAAUAGCUUGGAACUGCAUGUAGAGAAUUCUAACGCAUAUCCUGCAGGAAGAGAUGUGCCAUAUUCCUACCCAUUGGAAGAAGACCGGUCUGAAAAGAGCUCUUAUCCAACCGAGGCUUCAAUGAAGAAAUUAAUUAAUGAGGAAAUAUCUAAACAAUCUAACCCCAGACGAAGUGCCCCUAGCAUUGUGGCUAGACUGAUGGGGAUGGAUGUACUUCAAGUAGAUACAAAAACAGUCGAAAAGAAGAAUGAGCAUGCAGGGAGCAAGGUUUCCAAAAAGAAUGGAAGGAGCUCAAUUGAUCAUUUCUCUUUUAAAACAGAUUCUUCCAGGCAUACGAAACUUGACUCCAUUUACCAUAGUGAAGACAGAGAUGCUGAUAGAUGGAGCAACGGUGAGAAUUUUGGAAGGCCAGGACCUCGUGAACAUCCACUUGAGGAGGAACUACAGAAGUUCAAGGAAGAAUUUGUGGCAUGGCAGGCAGCCAGGUUUAGGGAAUGUUCAAAGAUUGCUGAUUUUGUCAGCAUGCCAAGACAGUGGCCCGCACAAGAGAACCUUAACGGGGAAAAGAUGGCGAUUUAUGCCAAUUCUCAGGCAAAUGCAAGUGAGAAGCUUGUAGAAUCUAAGAGUCGAACAUUAAAAUUAUCAUCACAUGACAGGGAUGGUUUACAACAUCACAAGCAUAAAGUGGAAUCCUUCCCAAUAGAGCAAAAGGAAUCUACUCCUUUAAGAAGAAGAAGCAAAAGUGUAGACUUUGAGCAAUCCUCCAUGUUAAAUUAUGAACUGGACACUGUGCCUUCAAAGAUAGUACUCUUGAAGCCUGGCCCUGAUAUGAUUUAUGACCAUAAUGAGCCCUGGACUAGUUCCAUGGGAACUUUAGAGGAGAGAAGUAGUAUAGAAGAUUUUCUUAAGGAGGUGAAGGAUCGACUAAAAUGUGAACUACAGGGUAAAACUCUUAGAAAAGGUUCAGUGGUUAGAGGAAGUGGAAUUGAAACCCCUUUCAGUGAAAAGCCAUCAAAGCCAAAACAGAUUGUCCAGCAUACAGCAAAGCAUGCCCGAGAGAAGGCUACUAGAGACCUUGGAAUGAAUCUGCUAAGUUCAGAAUCAACAAGAUCAUGUAUAAGUGAAAUUCAGUUCAAUGGUCCAGGUUCCCCAGAGUUUAUCAACAGAGAUACCAGGAGAUUCCUCUCAGAGAGGCUAAGGAACGUUCAGAGAGAAAUGCUUUCAGAGGUUCCCCAAGUUGUUAGAGGCAGAUCAAGAUCUUCCUUGUUAGAUUAUAGAAGGGUUGGGCUAAGGCAAUCAGGAGACACCUCAAAGGCUAAAAAUGAGUGGAAUAGUUGGGAAAUUGAGAGAAAUGAGCAAGAAAUGCAAACUAGUUCAUUCAGACAUGGAGAUGACAAUGGAGUGCUCAACAGAGAAUUGUCUCCUAGAAAUCUCAUUAGGUCUUUGUCGGCCCCUGUAUCGGGAACAUCCUUUGGGCAGCUUCUUCUAGAGGACCGUCAUAUUUUAACUGGUGCCCAAAUCAGGAGAAAGCAUGAAGCCAUUGACAAUGAUUUAGUGGAUGUGAGGCAAAGGAAGAAAGAUCGGUUUAAUUUCAGAGAAAAAGUUUCCAAUUUCAGACACAUUUUCCCUCUUAGACGAAUGCUGUUUGGCCGGAAGAUUCAGUCAAUGACAGAAUUUCAUGGCACUGAAUACAAUCCUGCAAAAGAUAUCCUGAGUGGACCAACUGUGAUUAUGAACUUCAGUGAGAGGCAUGUAAGAGAAAACUCCACUGAGGUGCCUCCUAGCCCUGCAUCUGUCUGCAGUAGCUCUCAAGAAGAGUUUUGGAGGCCAGUUGAUUAUCUCAGUCCAAUAUCAACACCAGAUGUGACUCUGGGAGAAGAAAUUUCUAUGACACAAGUUUUUAGACAGAUCAAUUCUACUCUGAAUGAGCUGCGCAGGCAACUGAAUCAACUUGACAACAGACCAGAGGACAUAGACGUUGAACAGGAUCAAACUGAGUCUGAGAUAAUUGAUUUAGAUGAUCGGGCAGAAGCCUACAUAAGAGAUCUGCUUGUUGCAUCUGGUUUUUAUGAUGGCUCAUCUGAUAAAUCUUUAUUUACGUGGGAUCCGCUUGCACAGCCUAUCAGUAAUUCAGUUUUCGAAAAGGUGGAAGAAUCUCAAAGAAAAUUAGCAGGAGAAAAUGAAAUUCUGCUAAAGGAUCUUAUUGAGGAGAAGGGUGACCGCAAAAUGUUACUUGACUUAUUGAAUGAAGCACUUUCAAAAUUACUAGGACCACCCGUGACCAAGUCCAAAUUCAGGAGAAGGAUUAUCAAUUAUUCGUUGUUGCCACCUCCAUGCGGGAGGAAAUUGUUGGAAUCUGUGUGGGAAAUUAUUCGUAUAUGUUUAUACCCUCCAACUGACAGAUCUUAUUUUUCACUUCAUAGCCUGGUGGCAGAUGAUUUAGGAUCCACCCUAUGGUCUGGCUUGAUGGAUGAAGAAAUUAGUGCUUUGGGAAGAGAGGUGGAAUGUCACAUUAUUGGAGAUCUAGUUGAAGAGAUUUUCAAGGAUAUGCAGUUAUAAAUGGUUACAUAUUGAGGUUUUGACAUUCUCAAAUGCGAAUUCUCACAGUUCAGCUGGUGAUGACACUUCAGUAGAGAAACCAAACCAGCCAAGGGCCCUGCUAAGGAGUGUCUUGUACAUUAGAGGCUAGAUUUAUACAUGAUUACAGGGUUAAAUCCUAAACUGGGUAUUUUCAUAUUUUCUUGACACAGAAGAGUGUUUGAUGGGAGACUGCAGUGCAUGUAUAUAUAUAUAUAUAUAUUGUCGGGGGCCAUUUGUAGUAUUCCACGACUAUGAGUGAAUUGAACAAUCAAAGUUACAUGUGCUGUACAUGAUUGCAUGUAUCAUUAGGUUAUUUUUAUUGUAUAUCUAUUGUUUAGUUGGCAAUAUAUUGGAAGUAAUUUUCUGA